UCCAGUUUUGGGGAGGAGGGAGGAGGGAAGAGAGGAUGCCCCUACAAAUCCUGGGGGCUAGAGAGAUCUGGGGCAUCUUUGGGUGGUGAAGUGCGGAGGAGACCCACAGCAGAGGAGUGCCAGUCACCAGCAACCAUGACGGACCAACAGGCUGAGGCCAGGUCCUACCUCAGCGAGGAGAUGAUCGCUGAGUUCAAGGCCGCCUUCGACAUGUUUGACGCUGAUGGUGGCGGGGACAUCAGCGUUAAAGAGCUGGGCACUGUCAUGAGGAUGCUAGGGCAGACACCCACCAAAGAGGAACUGGACGCCAUCAUUGAGGAGGUGGAUGAGGAUGGCAGCGGUACCAUCGACUUUGAGGAGUUCUUGGUCAUGAUGGUGCGCCAGAUGAAAGAGGAUGCGAAGGGGAAGAGCGAAGAGGAGCUGGCAGAGUGUUUCCGCAUCUUUGACAGGAACGCAGACGGCUACAUUGAUGCUGAGGAGCUGGCUGAGAUUUUCCGGGCGUCUGGGGAGCAUGUGACAGAUGAGGAGAUCGAAUCCCUGAUGAAGGACGGCGAUAAGAAUAAUGACGGCCGCAUUGACUUCGACGAGUUCCUGAAGAUGAUGGAAGGCGUUCAGUAAGGAGCCGGCCUUCUCUUCCAUCCAGAUUGCAGGUCCCCUGGGCGUGGGCAACUAACUCUACUCUUGCCUUCCCCGCCCCACCUGAGAAGGUCUGCUCCGUCGUGCUUUGUGGCUGGAAGGAAUAAAGCUGACAAUGUAAAGCUG